UCAACAAGACUAGAACCGCCUUAGUUUUUGUACUAUAAUAGGACCGCCACGUGAGUCAUUUAUGACUCCCAUGCUCAUAAGGUGUUUAUGGUCUGUGGUCUAUGUGCUGCCACACGGUGUAUCUGCCAGAAGUCACCAAGCGCUGACGGGACUGUCAUAAUAUGAUGCCGCGUUUUGCUUAUCGGCGUGGCCUACCCUUCGCAUGUUUCCCGCUUGUGUUCUUCCUGUACCAUAGCUUUCGUGUUACCUGCGUUUCCUGUUACCUGCGUUAAGAAACUGCAUGGUUUUAUCGAGAAAUACCUGAUACAGUCCUCAGUCACUAUGCAUAAAUAGCCGUGUGAAGUACGAGUCAGCUAAAUUAUGUAUUUGUGCAAAAGCAUAAUUAAAAUCGACAUCCAAAGCUAUUAGCAAAAGCGUGACUCAGUUCAAAUUGCCAGGCUAAAGCAUGACUUCCUUGGCGGUUCCUUGACUUCCUUUUAAGGCGAAUUUGAGGCCUUACUAGAUAUCGGUCUGUGUAACGGACUGGACCACUUGUAAAGCAUUCAGGUAGGUUGUCAAGCAACCCAGAGAGCUACGUGAAUGCUUUACGAAGGGUUUUGCUUGUUGUCAAGUGUUGUGCUGCUUGAGAAACACCAGUAUUUGACCAGAUGGUGCCACGGUGGAUGUCGUCUUUGCUCGGCCAGUCCAGACCAGUCUACUCAGCUUAGCAACAGCCAUACUGUCCAGGCCGUUAAUCAGCAGUCUGGAGCAUCUGAUGGAAGUCAGGCUACCCAGUCAGACAGCCUGGAAGGGCAGGAACUAUGGACUGGGCCAAAGAUUCGGUUCUUGAUUGCAAAAUAUAAAGAACAGAAAGAGAUGGUGGGAAAGAAGGGUGGAUUUCGCACGAAACGUGCGUUGUGGCAAGCGCUUGCCGACGCUAUCCCAAAGGAGUUUGGUAGCAGUGUGACCACCAUCCAAGUCGAGAACAAAUGGAAGUCUCUCGAGAGGGCCUACAAACGGACGAAGACAAAGAAUGGGUCCUCAGGCCAUUCUAGGGUUUCCUGUGAGCAUGAAGAGGAGUUGGGUGAUGUGCAUGAGAAAGAGCACCACAUCAGCCCGACGACUCUUCUUGCUCCAGGAUUAAAAAAGGACAGCUCCAGCACUCCAACCGACACUGAAGGGUGCAGCAGCCCGCGGACGAGACACAGGCGACUCCCAAACCGCGCACUCCGCAGGGUGGUGAAGCCCACACUUUGCCGGGUGGUAAGAAGCGACGGACGGAAGAGCGGACCCCUAUCCAAGCCCUUCUUCACACACUGGAGGAAUCCAGAAAAGAACGUGCUGAAAGAUUCGAGAAAAACAUGUCUUUAUUACAGCGCCUUGUGGUGGCAUUUGAAGAAUGUAAUAAAGCAUACACUUGCUGCACUGCAACACUAUACAUAG